UACUGUAGACAGCCGGUCGCGCCUGUUGGUCGGAAGAGAAGCACGUCUGGCAGCACGAGAGAGGCUGCGCUAGCAGAGCCGAAACCAGUUGGAGUUAUCUGCGUUGACGUUAUAGCACAGCGAUAGCGUCACCGGCAGGGAGGAUGCUGAAGCACGCUUGUUUGAUUUUCUUCCUCAUCGGGGCGGCUAAAGCAAAGAAAUCCCAUCCAUUUACGGCGAACUGCACAGUGCCUGAGGAAUCCUUCAAAAUAGGACUGGACCAGCAAGUCUAUAUCAACUGUCAGCCCGGUUGGCAGAAAGGAAACAUCUUGAUUGACGGAAACGGAACCACUCAAGGAGGCUUGUCGCUAGACAUCAGCGCUGUGACAAACCUCAAAAGUUUGCAGGCAAUCCAGAUAUACGCUGUCGCUGACAAUGUCACUGACCAGUUGAUCUACGAAGGUAUACCCGAAGCGAAACGCUGGCUGGUAACUGGGCAUGAAAAAAUCCGAAUCCGGCUCGCUAGCGAUGGGAAGAGCGCAGUGUCUCUGACGGUUUAUCCAAAAUGCGGUGGAACCUUCAGUGUUCCCUCGUUCGUAUCGCCGCAACUGCCCAAUAAGAAACUUGCCGCUCCUGUGAACGUGACAUGCACCUUCGACUUCACUGAGGCUGCGAGCAUCGAGUUUACUAAGUUCCAACUCGCGAAGACAUCCGAAGCUAGGUUUGUCCUGCACAGGGACGACAAGAAGUUCGAGGGUCCAUUUGUCGACAAAGCUCCCGACCACAUGGUCAUCGUUCAGAAGUCCGCGUCGUUCUCGUUGCGGCUCGACCUGAACGACUCGAACCAGGAGGUGGCUUUCACGAGACAGUCCCUGAGCGACAAGGGCCGCUGUGGCGGAAGUGACAUGAUCGCUACGGACAAGGUCGAUUUCACCGUGACCGUGAAAGGUGCCGACGCAGCGGGACAAUUGUCCUGCUUGUGGCUGAUCAUGGCCCCAGAGAACCAGAAACUUUCGCUCAAAGUGUCCAACAUCGCUCUCGAACAUGUGGACGACUUGCUCUCCGUUGUCGAUGCAGGUGACCUCGCGGGUAAACCAUUACUGCAAAUCACAGCGUUAAACCAGAAAUCAGCUCCGGUCAUCUCCUCCGGAAAAUACCUAAUGGUUUCACUGAACUCCAAUAACUUCGACGGGAAAGAAGGUUUCAAUUUCUCGGCGACCCCCAUCAGCAGCGGCGGUCACAUAGAGAAGAGCGGGACCAUGACCUUACGAGAAACGAGCAAAUUCGUACUGACGACCGACGUCACAGAGAAUCUCCUCGUCAGCUUUUCGAGCUUGACCAAACUGAGUGGGGCUCAGAAAAUCGCAGUCUCCGCAGACUCGAUGGAGCUCGUGACCUUCGAUGCCAACAGGCAGCCCUUCGAUCUCAGUUCUCCGGAUUCUGAGCUUCUAGUUGAAGCUACCGGCUUCCCGACAACCGACGUCAAUGUAACUGUCACCAGCAAACCCGCGGGUUCGGGAUGUAGCAGGACUUUCACCGCGGCUCAGAAGAGCAACGCGCGUCUGAUCGGCUCGUGCAUGGGAAUGUGUACGUGGAUCAUAAAACCGAACGUUGCGGCCGACCUGGCAGAGCUGUUUCUGAAGGUCUUGCCGAACAACGUUCCAUCCGCCACCAUCCAUCAUUUCAGGAACAUGGACGCGAAGGUGAGCAUCGCAAACAGCGCCGAUCCGUUCCACAUCUCCUACCAAGUCCGAGACGGGGCCUGGAUCGAAUUCGACUGCAGCAACGUGAAGGAUUUCGAAGUCUCCUACAUCGCCAAAGCCAUGAACCGAGAUCUGGCUGUCACCGCUGCGGCCGGCAAGAAUUUCACGCUGACCUCACCCUUCUAUCCGGGGAUCUACCCUCAAGGAGGUCUGUUCAAGUACAACGUGUCCGUUCCGGACGCGGAAACGAGCUACCUCGCCACGUUCCGCAUCAUGGACCUCCUGCCCAAACACGUGUUGGCUAUCGGGAGCAAGGGUACCGUGAUGAAUUUCACUGGGACCGAUAUUCCGGGAGACAUUCUGAUUCCGGCCAGUUCUUUGAAAACUACGACGUUCGACUCGAAUUUCGUCGCCGAUAGCGACCCGAAAGGAGGUUACGGAUUCCACAUCGACCUGAGUCCGACCUCAUCCUCUCAGACGCUGACGGAAAACUCGAAGAGUUUCAAGACGGGCGAAAAAUGCAAGACUCUCCGUUGCGUCUACAUCAUCAACCCUCCGAGGCCUUCGAAUCUUAACGAGAGCGUCUCCGUCAACCUCACGGUGACCCUUCCCGCGAACGUUUCGCUCAAUCAUUCCGACUUGCUCGUCUGGGAUGGUGAUUCCGUCCUAAGGAAUCAACUCGUUGCGCCCAUCGAAAAUUUGACGGCCGGGGGGCUGUUCGCCUCGAUGUCAAACAAGCUGAUCGUGGUCUAUCAGGGAAACCUCGACCUGAACCUCAGCUACGUGGUUUCACCUUGUUCAUUCGGCGAAAACUCGAUGUGUCGCAGAGACCGUCUCUGCAUGCCGAGCUCGUGGCGUUGCGACGGUGUGAUCCGCUGCAGCGACGGCUCCGACGAAUACCUUUGUAAUGAUGGCAAGCCGCCAACACCCACACCAAAUCCCGCUCCGGCGACCUCCAGUGGAUGGAAAAUCGCGUUCUGGAUUUUCGCCCCGAUAUUCAUCUUGCUCGGAGUCGCCCUGAACAGAGGAGUUCCGCUGCUCAUUCAAAGACUUAGAGAUUCGCGUUAUCAGCAGUUCCACGAUCUCGGGGAACACUAGGGGCGACAGAGCGGGGAAGGCUCACAGGGUUCCGUUAACCCGCAAAUGGUGUUUCGUUCAGACGAUACGGUCGCGUAAACUUCUAACGGAGGGCGAAGUUGUUCACCGCACUACUGAGGGAGUCCACCGUGGUUAGUGGAAUUAUUGGCUAUCUGUUGCAACGCUGAACCUGUGAUGCUUGUAAAUUGUUCACUGCAAUGUUUGGUAAAUUUUUCCGAGCCGAUCUUCGAUGCGAGAAGCAUGGACUUACAGGAGGAGAGGGGACGAGGAAGGAGAAGAGAGUUCUCUCCCCAGCAAAAUAGUUCCAAGACAGCUAAUGAGGAGGGGUGUCAAAGAUGAAAGGAACCGGAGCAGCGAGACAAAGGAACGAGUCAAGUCAACGGAGCUCGCCGCUCCGUGUUCGGAAAUAUUUUCGACCUCGUAGCUGUAGCCGUGUGGUCCAAUGGCGUCCAUUUAGAUUCCAAGUCGUUGAAUCGAAUGUUAUUGAUCCUUCAAGAGCCAAUACGAUGAGUUAAGCCAGUUGCACUACUUUCUGUCCUUUACGAAGUAGUGAAUUCAUGAUCUACGAGCAAGAUGUGAAGUUUUCUGCAUCCAUGUCGAAUCCGCUACUUGCGACAGGUGUAACUUCAAUUUGCUAUCUGCUGGAAUAAAACUAGAA